UUCAGAUAGCCGGAUCAGCAGACAGCAGCUGCCCUGAUCCGUCCUCCUGAAGCCCCUGCCCUCGUGUCGCGUCCGCGAGUGGCCAGACCGGGGCCACGCAUCUGCAUGGCGGCCGUGGUCCAUGGGGGCCGCUACCCCCGCGCCACGUCGGCUCCUCUCGCGCGCCCACGUGUCUCCGCUCCCAGGCUUCGCCACCCAUCGGCCGCAUUUCCCAGGGCGGCAUGGAGGGUCUCUGACAUCCAAAUCCAAGCUUCUUCCAUCCAUCCAGCUUCUGACAUUUCUUAUCCUGCUCGCUCAUUCGAGAAGCACAAGCUAUUUUAUCCAAUCUCUGUAUGGUCCUGCUAGAACUUUUCCAUCUUUUUUUAUGAAAAAAAUUCCAUCUUUUUCAGUCGGCAGAGUAGUAGUCUAUUUAUUUAUAAACUAUUUAUAGACACUAUUAGUGUUAAUAAAAUGUUGCUUUCUCUUGCACCUGAUGCAGUCGCAUGAGCACAAACAUCCAUGGUUUUUUUUCAACAAACAUCCAUAGUUGAGUGUACUAUUUAUAGACAUGCUUCAUGCUUGGACCAGUACAGGCACUGACACGCCUGCCGAAGCUGAGAGUUGCAGCAGCAGUCCACAACCCUCGACCAAUCAGGAUCGUCGGAGGAGGAAGAUCGAAGAAGCAGCUAGGAGUAGGAGGAUGUUGUGCGGCGGCGUGACGAUGCCGUGGCCUGACGUGCUCACCAUCUGCGGCCUGUUCGCCGUGCAGUGCAUCUACGGCCUCUACAUGAUGUUCCUCGACGGCCUGCUCGCCGCCGGCGUGGCCUCGCUCUUCAUCAUCGUCGUCGCCUGCGCCGCCUCCUCCGUCGUCGUCCUCCCCUUCGCCUUGGCGCUCGAGAGGAAGAAAUGGCCCAAAGUGUGGAGCCCCAUGCUGGUUCUGCAGCUCGUCGUCAUUUCACUAGGAGGGGUGUCUAUAUAUCAAGUAUUCAUGAUGCUCGGUGUCGAGCGGACCUCGCUGGCGAUCGCCUCUGCCAUGCCUAACCUUGGCCCUGGCUUCAUCUUCGUCAUUGCAGCCUGCCUGAGGUUUGAGAGGUUUAAUUGGAAGUGCAAGUACACGAGAGCAAAGAUCUUGGGUACAUUGGUGUGCCUCAGUGGGGCAAUGUGUGUGAGCUUCCUGAAGAAUUCCACUCCCAGUGUUGUAUCUCCGAAGUCCAUUCCUGGGGACGAAGAACUCUCCAGUGGCAAAAGCAGGAAAGAAUGGGUACUUGGGUGCUUCUAUCUUCUGACCGGAGUCACAAUCUUUGCCUGCAACACUGUCACGCAGGCUGCAGCGUUGAAGAGAUUCCCUGCGCCAUUAUCCGUGUGCUCGAUCACUGCCAUGAUGGGGUCGAUCUUCAGUGCUAUCAUCCAGGUCUUGAUGGAGGGGAAGCUCACUGCAGGGACCGGAGAUAACAUCACCUGGAUCAUUGGUGAAAUUGUGCUUGUGGGAGGCGUGGUGAUCGGCCUGUGCACGACGUUCCAGGUGUCGAGCAUCGGGCGCAAGGGGCCUGUCCUUGUCGCCGCGACUGUGUCCAUGUUCAGCCCGUUCCAGACUGUGUUCUCGGCGUUCAUCUCUCUCAUCUUCUUCGGACAAUGGAUCGGCCUAGGAUGCUUUGUGGGGAUUGUGCUCAUGUUUGUUGGACUCUACGUGGUGCUGUGGGCGAAGAACAGGGAGGACAAAAUGUUCACCGAGCUGACUGCGCCACCUGAAAGUGAAUGUGAUAUAGAGAGGCCAUUGCUGCAAUGAUGGUCAGGCAAAAUCGUCUGAUCGUUUUACCAUGGGUGCAAUCUUUUUGUGUUGAAUUGCAUCCGGAUGUACAUCUGAUUCUGUUUGUGCUUGCAAUCUUGCUUGGGAUAUCUUUGGCUGCCUCGCUGAACAAAGAUCAAAGGAGAAUUCGAGUU